AUGACAGGCGACAUGUCUCCGUACACCUACGUGAGCACGCUCUCCAACGGUCUCACAGUUGCCACGGAGUCGAUCCCCGGUGCCCAGACUGCCACGGUUGGUGCAUGGAUUGACGCUGGUUCGCGCUCUGAGAGCAAGGCGAACAAUGGCACCGCUCACUUUCUGGAGCACAUGGCCUUCAAAGGCACCGGCACGCGCUCCCAGCAAGAGCUGGAGCUUGAGGUCGAGGACAUGGGUGCGCAUCUGAAUGCGUACACCUCGCGUGAGCAGACGGUCUACUAUGCCAAGGCAUUCCGCAACGACGUGGACAAGGCCGUCUCGAUCAUUUCUGAUAUCCUGCAGAACUCUAAACUCGACGAGACUGCCAUCGAGCGCGAGCGUGACGUGAUCCUGCGCGAGCAGGAGGAAGUGGACAAGCUCCAGGAGGAGGUUGUGUUUGACCUGCUUCACAGCGUCGCAUUCCAGACCCAAGCGCUGGGCCGCACCAUUCUGGGCCCCAAGGAAAACAUUUUGUCGAUUGAGCGCCAGGACCUUGUGAACUACAUCAAGUCCAAGUACACUGCGGACCGCAUGGUCAUUGUUGGCGCCGGCGGUAUUGACCACGGCGAGCUUGUCAAGAUGGCCGAGACGCACUUUGGCAACCUGCCCUAUUCGGAAAACCCCAUGUCGUUUGGCGAGAAGCUCUAUGAGCCUGCCAAGUUCGUCGGCUCUGAAGUCCGUGCUCGCGAUGACACUAAAGACACGGUCAAUGUCGCCGUCGCUGUCGAGGGCGCGAGCUGGAACUCCCCCGACUACUUCCCUAUGCUUGUCCUCCAGUCCGUCUUUGGCAACUGGGACCGCUCGCUCGGCGCCUCGCCGCUGCUCUCGAGCCGCCUUUCGCACAUCAUUUCCUCCAACAACCUCGCCAACUCGUUCAUGCACUUUAGUACUUCAUACUCCGACACGGGUCUCUGGGGUAUCUAUGUCGUCAGCGAGAACCUCACAAACCUUGACGACCUGAUGCACUUUAUCUUAAAGGAGUGGCAGCGUGCGACCACCGGUCUCUCGGAGGCAGAGGUUGAGCGAGCCAAGUCGCAGCUCAAGGCUUCUUUGCUGCUCGGCCUCGACGGCACCACCGCCGUUGCCGAGGACAUUGGCCGCCAAAUGGUGACUAUGGGCAAGCGCAUGACGCCGCAGGAGAUUGAGAAUGAGAUCAACAUGGUCACUGUCGACGAACUCAAGCGCGUCGCGAAGCAGUACAUCUGGGAUAACGACUUUGCGCUUGCGGCCACGGGCCGUACCGAGGGUCUUAUGGACUACAACCGCCUCCGCCGCGACAUGAAAACGCUUCUGUACUAA